ACGGUCUGACGUCAUCACCCAGCUCCGGGAAGGUCUGAGCGGCUCGCGGCUGCUGCCUUCAGACCAGCUAACGGACGAAAACAAACAGCAGUGCUUUAGCUUAGCUAGCCGGUCACUGAAGAAACGGGGUACCAGGCGACUCGGGUCAGUUGUACUAUCCCACGUCUGAAUGUGUGCAGAUAAGUUGGUGCGCGUUUUGCACUGACUUGAGCCUUUUAUGCAACCCGCCCUGCUCACCAGGCACGAAGAUGUCCAACGCUGCUAACAGUACUUCUACAGACAACAACGGAGACUCUGGGCUAAAUGGCUCCUGGGUGGAGUUGGAGAUGAACAGAGGUGCAGCUGGCUCGGCCCAGUCGCCCUCCACAGGCGGCCCGGCCCCGGGCCUGCUGCCCCUCCCUCAGGUGGAGGAAGAGGAGGCCAUGGUAGGGGGGCUGGAGCACGUCCCGUCCUCAUCUUCAAUCCACAACGGAGACAUGGAGAAGAUCCUGUUGGAUGCCCAGCACGAGUCGAGCCGCAGCAACUCCUCCUGCGACAGCCCUCCACGGCCCCACAGUCCCCAGGAUGAUGGACAGAUCAUCUUCGACGUGGAUGUGACCGGCAGAAGAGACAGCCAAUCAGAAGAGGAUGUCUUGGACAAGGAGAGGGACAUGGACAUCCUAAUGAAGGACGCAGACUGGGUUGCUGACUGGUCUAGUCGACCAGAAAACAUUCCCCCCAAGGAGUUUCAUUUCCGCCACCCUCGACGCUCAGUAACGCUCAGCAUGAGGAAGACUGGGGCCAUGAAGAAAGGAGGCAUCUUCUCCGCUGAGUUCCUCAAAGUCUUCAUCCCCUCGCUGCUACUAUCACACAUCCUCGCUCUGGGGCUGGGAGUCUAUAUCGGAAAGAAGUUGACCACGCCACCCGCCAGCUCUUUCUGAAGCUGAAACGGAAGAAAAGUGCCUGAGAAGUGGCCAUGAGUUGUUGGAGAAAGCUUUGCUGACGUGAGAAGAACGAACGCCCGUCUCUCCUCCCUCUGUCCCCGCCUGCCCCUGCUUCCCCUCCUCGUCCCUGAGAUAUGACAUGUUCUCAGGAGAAAUGCAUCUGCCCCCCCCUCCUCCCCCACCCUUUUUUCUUGAUUGGCUAUUCUCUGACUGUCUGUGGAUACCCCCCCUUCCCCUUAUAUCCUUCACUCAUUUGUAUAAGCUUUUCAAAGAAUGAAUAAGGUCAUGUUUCCCUUUCCUCAGCGACUGUGUUCAAAUGUUUAUAAUGGGUGGGUUUUCAGGGAGGGUCGCAGCAUUAAACCAAACUCUUCUACUACACACGCUGUCCCAUUGCCCUUUGAUGGUCUGACAAAAGGGAGGGACUGUCCAGUUUUAGAACUGACCACAGAUUGUGCCACCUACACAAGUAGCCCAACUCUCGACCCCAAAAGGGUUCGACCAAAUUCAGAGUCAGCUAUGCGAACUGAAAAUGUGAUCAUGCCUUUUUUGAAAGUAGCCAUUUUGUUCAUCUUCUUUAGGUAGUACUGCCUUUUUCUUUUUAAAUUUAUUUCACAACAGCGGUGGCUUAUUGAGGAGUUGUAAUGGAAGGAGUUACCAUAGUGGCCAUCCCAAACCACCAAGCGCUCAUGAAUUGCACUGUCUCUGAGAGUCUCUGGCUGUGUUUGCCAGAAGAGAGAGACAGAGAUGUGACACUUUCACCUUUUCUGUGAUGGAAACUAGAAAUUAAAACAAUUCAGUUCUGCAGCUGAAUGAAUUUUCUUGCAAAGUGACAAUAACUGGAAACCAGGGUGUGGAUGUUUGUUGCGCAGGCAGGCAGUGUGUCCCUCUCCGUGUGUACACUAACAGUAUUUUGUGGUUGGGUCAACAGCGCUGUACGGUCAAGAAACGUCUGUGUCCAUGUUGUCCUUCCAGUGAGCCUCCUGGUCUGUCUACAACGUAUUGUAGCACUACUUUGGUCUUGACUGGUCGAUUCCCGCUUACCUUUACUCCAGACCGGGCUGGAUAUUUCAUGGGACUGUGCUGAUAUUUUCUUUUUAGUGUGGAUUUUGUGUAAUCAGAAAGGAUUUGAUGCCAAAAAGCUUGAAAAUAUGAGACAUAAAGCUACGGACAUUUGUUUUCAUGAUGUUUAACUGAUUUUAUUUACAAAAGUAAAAGGUAUUUCAUAAAAAACUAGAAGUUAAAUAUCGAACUUGAAAGAAUUGAAGAAUUAUACAAGGAAUUUUACUUUGAAGAUAUCAGGAGAAGCCGUAAUUAUUGUCCAGUAGUAGCCAGCCCUGCAUCCGAACACUCCAUCAUAUUUGCCAAAAUUUCAAAACCAAACAGGUAGAAAUACUUCAUCACGCUGCUGAUGAAGGGAACUGACUUCAGGGUCGGUCUGUGUUUGGGCAGGCAGAAGGUACCUGGUGAUCAUUUCUACAUUUGUUUGUCUUCCUCGAGUGACGCCUUAGACGUGCAGCAACUUGUAACUGACUGAAGGGAUUGUCUAAGCACAGGUACUUGGCUAGCAUGUCCAGUAAGGUUGUGUACUCACACAGCAUGAUUUGAAUAGCUCGAUAUCAGACAUCGGCCUCACCGCAGUAUCUCUGAGGUUGGACUGUGGUCAGUUUUGUACAAGUGGACCUUCUGUAGCCAGACCUGGUUCAAAUAAUAUUUUAUUCAGAAGUUCUCAUCAAACACCAGAUCUCUAGAAGUUCUUGUAUGACUUUUUUUUUUUUUUUGCAGCAGCAGCAGACUUAUUCCAUGCAGAACUAGGUAAUUCCUAGAGAUCUGGUUUGUGGCGAGGGAACAGAGGAUUUGUCCUGAAUUCCACCAGCUCCCUGAGAAAGACAUAUUUUCAUUCAGGAGUAAACACCUCGUUGCAGAAUAGAGUAACAGCACAAGUUUUGAGAUAUAGGACGACAUGAGUUCCAGAUGUCAAGGUGAACAUCAUGUUGCCUCUACAUGGAACCUGCAAUGUCAUAUUUUUGACACUGAAACUCAAGAAGACCGUUUGUUUGCAGACGACACAAAUGGAAAAAAAAAAAAAAAUGCAUUUCAGUGUCAAGCCUCAUUGAGUGAGAAAAGAACAGACAAAAAAAGCUUUCAUGACAAACAAAAGAAGAAAGAAAAUCUUUAGUUGAUUGUGAGUACUUCAUGAAUGCGUCGACCCUUCUUGGAAGCUAAAGUUGGAAAAGUGUCUGUAAAAACUGAAUUGACUGUACUUUUCCUCUUGUGAACAGCUGCCUGAUGCGUUAAAGUUGUGACGUCGUGCAGGUUCACUCAGGGCGUGCCAUCUACUUUUUUAAACUUGUUACAAGAAGCUCGUUAUCGACCAGCAGUGACCACGUUAGGGUGUCGACUUUGCUCUCGUCAUCCAUUUCAACCGCAGAGAUACUGCACUGUUUUUUUGUGCGACAGCCUUGUUUUUUGCCUGUGUUUGUACGUGCAGCAUUUUGAAGUAGUGGAUUGUUUGUUCUUUCCUGGUUGUUUUUGUUUUUUUCCUGAUGUUGGAGAAAGAUUGUGAACGCACAGAGCGGGAGUCGAGACGUGGAUCAUUUCGGAAAAAAGUGUGAAAAUAAAAACUAUUGUUGAUGGCAGGGCCUGAUGUGAAUAGGAAAAUGAAAGUGUGGAAAGAGACCCCCCCCUCAGAUUGCAAUGGUCUAACAGUAGUUAUUGUAAUGAUGCAUUUGCUUUAAUUUUCUUUUUUCCCACUACAUUGGAAAAAUUGAUAAACAUUUUGUCAUUAAACAUUACCUGAAUGAA